AUGCAGAUUCGUGUGGAGCCGGUGACUAGAUGUUUGCAGACACUGGUCACUGUCCAAUGGCCCCAUGUCCAGCAGCAGUGGCUUCAGGCUGUCCGCCCCGCAGAGCAGCAGCAGGAUGCGGCACACCGGCCUCAGAACACCAGCCAAAGAGAAACGUUUCAUCUGACAUGUCCCCGCCUCCACCAGGUCUCUGGACAGCACCAGGAUGCUGCAGGUGCACUGGCCCAGCAGCAGGAAGCCUCCAGUUUAGCAGACUUUGUGUCCAUAUCGUACCAGCAGAUAGAGGGCAGCACUUAA